AUGGCACACUUCAAGUUCAUAGCACUUGCUUUGCUUAUUGCUUCAUGUGCUUUGUUGGUGGAGAGCCGAGCUGCUAGAAAGGACUUGGGUCUGGACUUCGGUGGUGAUCUUGCAGUUGGUGUGGGUGCGGGAACCGGAAUUGGAUUGGGAGGUGGUGGUGCUUCCGGGUCUGGAUCCGGGUCUGGCUCUGGUUCUGGGUCAGGUUCUGGCUCCGGCUCUGGGUCAGGUUCUGGCUCUGGCUCUGGUGCAGGUUCGUCUGCUGGGUCAUAUACCGGUUCUGGUGCUGGCUCGGGUUCCGGUCCUGGUCAAGGAUAUGGUGAAGGAUUCAGACCAACCAGAUCCGGACCAUCCGGAAAAGGACAGGGGAAUGCGCUUAGUCCAGGAUCUGGUUCUGGACAUGGCGAGGGCUAUGGCUCAGGGUCCGGCUCUGGGAGAGGUUCAGGGUCCGGAUCCGGUUAUGGUGAAGGGUCCGGAUACGGGUCUGGGCAUGGGAAGUGA